GUGACGAAAUUAAGGAGCUGAUACCUCCGAAUCAUUUUCGCUAUUACACAACAAAAAAAGGGAAAAAAAAAAGAAGUGUCCAAGAAAUAGUAGCAAAGUAAAGAAGCAUCAAUAAUGGCGUCCUUAAGCAAAAAAUCCAUGUUCAACCUCUCUAAAGCCUUCCCACAUCGAGCCUCCUCUGUCUUCAUCGGUCGUCAAAUAUGGAAAGGAGGAUAUGUUGGAACAGCGGAGUCGUCGGAACAACAGAGCAGGCACGACGACAAGAAGUUCUACGGGACCAGCAAUACUGAUCAAACGGGCAGUAAAGUAUCUGAAAUGGCUGAUAAGGCGAAAGAAGUGAAGGAUAAAGCCACAGAGACAACUCAAGAUGCUUGGAAAGCUAUUGAGGAUACUGCUGAAAAGUUGAAAGAAAAGGUGGUGGGAGAUGUAGAUCCAGAGAAUGUUCAAGAUGAAAUUGUGGUGGAAGAUGAGGAAGAACUUAAGAAGAAGCUGGCUAAAGAACCAGGAGGAAAGCCUGUGGAUGAAGAUAAAGGUUUGGAUGUGAAUUGGAGACCUAUUGUUGAGAAGAAACCACAAUCCUCUUGAAACCAUUUUCUCUCCUCUUCUUCAUUCUUUUUUUUUUUCUUAUAAAAAUGUUGUUUGAGAAUAAUAGAGCACAACGGACUUGCUAAUUAGUAGGUAGCUUGAAGUUUGGAAUCCACUAGCCUAGAUUUUGAAUAAGAAGAAAUGUAAAUUUGCGAGAGAAAAAAAAAAGUAUUAUAAUUUGAAUCUUUAAGCUUUCAUGGUC